CUGAUACUCAUGGCAUCGAAAGGGGUUACUUGUAAUUAAUAUUUGGAUUGAUUGGUAUGAAAAUAUUAACAAAAAAAAAUUUGUGUCGGAGAUUUACAUAUAUGAAUUGAAAGGUCCAGGUAAUCAACUAUUAUCAUUCCGGGAAGCAACAAGCAAGAACCAAAUGAGAAAUUGAGAAAGUGUUGUAUAUAGCCGUUUUGUAUACUAUUUAUUUAAGGCAUACCAGUAGUACUAUAUAACGAAUAUUCAAACUUUCAGUUGAGGAAAAUGCAUCACCCUCUUCCUUUUCCCAAUUUGAUCUUUUCAAAUUUCAGUCAAAUAAACUAAUUGAAAAGUCAACCCCCUCCCUCCUCUAUCUCUAUAUAUAUAUAUAUAUAUAUAUAUAUAUAUAUCUUAUUCCAGUUCCAGAUGUUGGUUUAAGUUUCAUCUCGACCUGCUGAGAGAUUACACCAACUCAAGAAAUGGAUUCCGGGGAGAAGCGGCUCAAUGAGCUGGGAUACAAGCAAGAACUCAGAAGAGAGAUGACUCUGUUCAAAACUCUUGCAAUAUCGUUUUCAACAAUGACGCUUUUCACCGGGAUCACUCCCCUGUAUGGUUCCAGUCUUCUAUAUGCAGGGCCAGCAAGUCUUGUUUGGGGAUGGGUUGUGGUCACUUUCUUCACCUGGUUUGUCGGAAUCGCAAUGGCUGAGAUCUGCUCCUCUUUUCCGACUACUGGUUCUCUUUAUUUUUGGGCUGCGCAUUUAGCUGGCCCCAAAUGGGGUCCAUUUGCUUCAUGGUGCUGUGCUUGGCUCGAGACGAUAGGGCUAAUUGCAGGCAUAGGAACACAGGCGUAUGCAGGAUCUCAGACUUUGCAGAGUAUCAUUCUUUUAUGCACCGGAACAAACAAAGAUGGAGGCUACUUUGCUCCUAAAUGGUUAUUCCUAUGCAUGUACAUUGGACUUACAGUUAUAUGGGCAGUGCUCAAUACAUUCGCGUUAGAAGUUAUUGCCUUUAUUGAUAUAAUUUCAAUAUGGUGGCAGGUUGUUGGAGGAUUGGUUAUAGUUAUUAUGCUUCCCCUGGUGGCACUGACUACACAAUCUGCUUCCUAUGUCUUUACUUCUUUUGAAAUGGCACCUGCGUCAACCGGGAUAUCAAGCCAAGUAUAUGCAGCCAUUCUCUCUCUUCUUGUCAGUCAGUAUUCACUCUAUGGAUAUGAUGCUGCAGCACACCUAACUGAAGAAACUAGAGGUGCAGAUAAAAACGGUCCAAUUGCAAUUCUUUCUAGCAUCGGGAUCAUUUCAUUGUUUGGAUGGGCUUAUAUCUUGGCCCUAACUUUCAGCAUUCAGGAUCCAAGCUACCUAUAUGAUACAUCAAAUGAAACUCGCGGAGCAUUUGUGCCAGCUCAAAUACUCUAUGAUGCAUUCCACGGUAGAUAUCAGAGUGGUACCGGAGCAAUUAUUUUACUUUUUGUUAUAUGGGGCUCAUUCUUCUUUGGCGGGCUUUCCAUCACUACCAGUGCUGCCAGAGUGGUGUAUGCUCUGUCAAGAGAUGGAGGAGUUCCUUUGUCAUCUAUAUGGCGAAAAGUGCACCCAAAACACAAGGUGCCCUCGAAUGCAGUGUGGCUUUGUGCAGCCAUCUGCAUUCUGCUCGGACUCCCCAUCUUGAAAGUCAAUGUAGUCUUCACCGCCAUAACAUCCAUAGCCACAAUCGGUUGGGUUGGUGGUUAUGCCGUUCCAAUCUUUGCAAGAUUGGUAAUGGAAGAGAAGAACUUCAAAGCCGGGCCAUUUUAUUUAGGAAAAGCAAGAAGACCAAUUUGCGCGGUGGCUUUUCUGUGGAUUUGUUAUACUUGUUCAGUCUUCCUUUUGCCCACAUACUACCCAAUUACUUGGAAUACUUUCAACUACGCGCCAGUUGCUGUGGGUGUGGGUUUGGGGAUAAUAAUGCUUUGGUGGGUACUGGAUGCGCGGAAAUGGUUUAAGGGACCUGUUAGGAACAUUGACAGUCAAAAUGGGAAGGUCUGACUUGCACAAUUCGAAAUUUAUUGUCUUACAUUAAUGUUACAUUGAAAUUCUCUUGAAAUGAAUCCUACAUUAUUCAAUUAUCGUUCUGGUA